UUUGGAAUGUAUUUCUGCAUAUAUUUUUUUUAGAAAGCAGGAAAAAUGACUAUAAAUACAUUUGAAAUGCAGAGUAAAAAUUCUUUAGAUAUUAUGACAAAGAAUGAAGAUACUAGCAUCAUAGAGUCUCAACAAUCACGAAAUGUACAGGCUUAUGCAAAAUUAGAAUUUGAAGCGUUUAGUUUUUAUAUUCAGACAUUACAGGUUAUUAUAGGACGCAAGGUAAAUAAACUGGAUCAGGUUGAUGUUCAUAUUGGAUCUACAAAAGCUAUUUCUCGUCAGCAUGCAAAGUUAUUUUAUGACUUUACUUCUCAACGGUUUGAAAUUUUUGUAAUGGGCAAGAAUGGUGCCUUUAUAAAUGAAGAAUUUGUAGAAUGCGGACAAACUAUUCCAUUAUAUGAUAAGACAAAAAUUCAAAUUGGUAAAGUACUUUUUACAUUUUUACUUCCAAAAUCUACAGGAAAAGAGAAUAUUGAAAACGGAAAUAUUAGAGAAAAUCAAGGGAUUGAAAAAUUAGAAUUUCCUCAGGAUAUCUCUUUACUUUCAAAUGGCGUUUCAACUGACCAGUCUCUCGUAACAUGUCCUAAUAUAAAUUUGAAAAUAGGUCUUAUUAAAACGGACGAACCAGAUAUCCUAUCAAUACCCUCAAAAGUUUUGGAUAAUGAGGCAUCGAAUGCCGUGAACAGCACUUUUCAUGAUGAAUCUUUACUUUCUCAUACUGAAUCAUUUAACGUUUCUAUGAAGGAGCAUAGUAAGCCAAAUUUAUCCUAUGCAUCAUUGAUUGCACAGGCUAUUCUAUCAUCUCCUUCUAAAAAAAUGACACUCUCUGAUAUUUAUGAAUGGAUUACUGAUACAUACAAAUAUUAUAAAUAUGCCCAAAAUGGCUGGCAGAAUUCUAUUCGACAUAGCUUAUCUCUUAAUAAAGCAUUUAAGAAAGUAUCUAGAAAGGAUGGCGAGCCAGGAAAGGGUUCCUUUUGGAUGAUAAAUUCUGAAUAUCAAUGUCAAUUUGAGGAUGGUAUUUAUAAACGAAAUCGAAAAGGCAUAGUUUCUUCCUAUCAACAUUCAACAACACCUUCCAUUACGGCAGAUGAAACUUCAAGGUCUUCAACAGAUUCAAUUCCUAUUGUUAUUAUGCAAGAUGGUCAGUUAGCAUUAAAUCCUGAAUAUUUUAAUACUGUUAACGAUAAUAAUGAUUCUAAUAAAAUACAAAUUGUUCAAGCAAUUGUUUUUUUGCAAAGAUAUAUUAUAACUCAACUUGGUCCUCAUGCUAAAAUCCCUCAAAAUGCAGCAGCUAUUGCAAAUGCGUUAAUUGUCGCAUUAGACCAACAACUUCAGAAAUAUCAAAGUCAUAAAAAUUUUAUUUCUAAUAUUUUUAAAAAUCUUACUUUUUUAUUACCUAAUACUAAUGAAAAAAUGCAUACAUCAUUAAAUGAAUUUUCUACGGAAAAUAAACAAUAUAUAGCCAACACAUCUACGUCUUUGGAAUUUAUGACUCAGAUACCUAAAAGCUCCGAAGUUUCUAAGGAAAUAUUAAAUUCAUCUAUUAAUCAGUCGUACUCUUUCAAUAAUAAAUUGGUGUCAAAAGAAUUAUAUCCUAUACAAGUUCCUCCUCCUCCGCCAUACUAUUCAAAACCGCUGGAAUCCAAUACUGAAAAUAAUUUAUCAUUAAAUUCAAUAAAAAAAAAAAAGCAUCAGUUUUUGUCUUCUGAAAGUUAUUCAAUAAAUUCAGAAUCUACCCAUAGGCAAGGACUUAAACGACCGCAUGAAGGAUAGAGAAUAUCUAUGUUUUAUAGGCAGGAAAAAUAUUAUCAGUAAAU